UACUGCGUUAUUAUAUGACCUACUGUAAGUGUGUAUUUGUGUGUGUGUGUGUGUGUGUGAGGGGGGGGGCAUUACCUGUGUCCACUCAAAGGUGUCUGAUGUGUAAACGGAGAAGGGGGGCAGGAGAAGGUGGGGUGAUGGUGAGGAGGGAGAGGUAACAGGUGGAAGGAGGGCAAACUGACGCGGGUGGGGUGGGAGGUGUGUGUGUGUGUGUGUGUGUGUGUGUGUGUGAAGUAUUUAAGACGGGGUCCACCUCACCGUCCACAUCACUGCUGCUAACAUCUCCCUCUGCACCUGACCUACAGGCCAGCACUCGUCCUUCACUCAGAAUGUCUUUGUGCAAAUUAGAGAACCCCUCCACCCUGGAGAACGCCAUGCAGCUCAUGAUCCAGACCUUCCACAAGUACUCUGGAAACGAGGGCGACAGAUUCACACUCAGCAAACCUGAGCUCAAGGAGCUGCUGGUCACGGAGCUGGGCAACUAUCUGGGGAACGCCCAGGAUAAGGAGGCAGUGGACAAAGUAAUGGGCGACCUGGAUUCGAACAACGACGGCGAGGUAGAUUUCACCGAGUUCAUCAUACUGGUGGGUGCACUCACCGUAGCCUGCAACGACUUCUUCCAGGACCAAAAGGACAAACAGGAGAAAAAGAAGGGCGCAAACCCUCAGUGAACGGUUCCUCACUUUGUCACCUUCAAGUUCCAGGGAGGAAACAGUUUAGAGCAGAGAGGAGGACGUCCUGUCAGGGCCGACACGUACACACACACACACACACACACACACACAGAGCUGUGUUAGGAGUGUGUGUGUGUGUGUGUCUGUGAUGUGUGGUCACUUCAUGUAAAACUGUAUUUAUGAUCUGGAAAAAUCACAUGUGUUUCAACACCUGUCGUUGGUGAAAAUGUGAAAAAAUAUUUAUCACAUGUCUUUUCUGAUACUUUUCAUGCAUUUUGUAGCACAAACCCCCAAAGGCAUCCCCCCUGGAAGAAAAAAAAAAUAAACAUGACCUUUACUUAAACAAAUCAUUC